AUGCAGGCCCAUCGGGCUCGUAUUAUUCCAAACAUCAAAACCUUCCGAUUGCACUACGCCAACUGCAAAGCAUACAACGCGGAUUUUGAUGGUGAUGAAAUGACGGCACAUUUUCCCCAAUCUGAAAUUGGUAGAGCAGAAGCUAUGGAAAUUUCCAAUUCUCAUAACCAAUACCUCGUCCCGAAGGAUGGUACCCCAUUGGCUGGUCUCAUCCAAGAUCACAUUGUAUCUGGUGUACGACUUACUUUGCGUGGCCGUUUCUUCAACAGGCAUGAAUACCAGCAACUAGUUUUUGGUGCCUUGCUGGACCAGAUGGAAAAUAUCCAGACUUUGAAGCCGGCAAUCAUUAAACCCAGAAAAUUUUGGUCUGGAAAGCAGGUGGUUUCCACUUUGCUAUUAAAUAUUAUACCAAGUAACAAACCACCUUUAACUAUUGACAGCACUUCUAAAAUUGCAGAGAAGUUGUGGAGUACAGACGUUAAUGAAAUGUGUCUGUUGAGUGAGGAAAUGUCUGCUGAUAUGGGUGAAAGUCAUGUUAUAAUCAAAGACAGUGAAUUACUGUGUGGAGUGCUGGAUAAAGGACAGUACGGAGCGACAUCUUAUGGUCUUGUGCACUGCUGUUAUGAGCUUUAUGGAGGCAAAAUAUCAACCCAGCUUCUGACCUGUUUAGGUAGACUGUUCACCAACUUUCUGCAAAUGACUGGAUUUACUCUUGGUAUUAAAGAUAUUCUGAUGCUUGACUGUGCUGAUAAAAAACGUCAAAAACACAUAAAGAAAAUAAAAGAAUUUUCAGAGGCAGAUGUAAGGAGUGUAUUGAAAAUGAAUUCAAAUAAGGAAGAUGAAUCAAUUGAAAAAACCAUAAGGAAUGUGAUAUUUUCAAAAGAUGACCGCCCGCUGUCAGAGUUGAAUCACAAGAUUAAAAACAUUACAAAUGAUGUUCAAAACGAUAUUCUUAAAGCCACAAUGCCAAAUGGACUUCUGUGUAAGUUCCCAGACAACAAUCUACAGUUGAUGGUAAAUGCAGGAGCCAAAGGAACAUCUGUGAAUGCUAUGCAGAUGUCAUGUCUUCUUGGGCAAAUUGAAUUGGAAGGUCGUCGGCCACCUAUGAUGUUCAGUGGGCGUUUCUUACCUUCUUUUACUCGUUUUGACAUUUCCCCACAAGCUGGAGGAUUUGUCAUGGGGCGUUUCCUUACUGGAAUCUCACCUCAAGAAUAUUUUGUUCACUGUAUGGCAGGGCGUGAAGGUCUGAUUGAUACAGCCGUAAAGACCAGUCGUUCUGGUUACUUACAACGGUGCCUUAUUAAACAUUUGGAAGGAGUGAUGGUUGGUUAUGAUUUAACUGUUAGAGACAGUGACAAUACAGUCAUUCAGUUUUAUUAUGGUGAAGAUGGUUUGGAUGUGAUGAAGACCAAAUUGCUGGAACCAGAAAGAUUUCCAGUUUUGAUCCAGAAUCGUGCUGCAGUGGUGAAUUCUGAAACCUCAUUGCCAAAAAUGAAUGAAGACGCAAAAGAAACACAGGAUCAGAUCUUUGACUUGAACAGUCGAUGUUUGUCAAAGGAAUCACUUAAAUACAACCUCCAUGCAACUCCUUUUUUAAAAUUCUGCAAGAAGAAAGAAGACUCUUUGGACCUGGAGGCGAAGACAAAAUUAAUUCCUGGCCGAACCUCAAAAGCUGCGCAGUUAUGUCAGAUGUGGUAUAAUCUCAGCUCUCGUAAGAAAGAAAAGUACAGGAAAAAAAUUAAACAUUUUCCAGAUCCAGUUCUAUCAAAAAUGUUCCCUUAUCAAGACAAGUAUGCUGUUUCUGAACAUCUUUAUAAAACAAUGAAAAAUUAUUCAGUUAAUCUGGAAUCACAGUUGAAUCAGAAACACAGGUCAAAGAAUGAAAAGAUAACAGCCGACCAAUUUACUGAUUUGAUCAGUUGCAAGUUUCUUCAGUCUCUUGUACAGCCAGGCGAGUCUGUAGGUGUCCUCUCAUCACAGUCCAUUGGGGAACCUUCAACACAGAUGACCUUGAACACUUUCCAUUUUGCUGGUUAUGGAGAAAUGAACGUGACUUUGGGUAUUCCCCGUUUACGUGAAAUCCUCAUGACCUCCCUGGGCAACAUGAAGACCCCUAUGAUGACUAUUCCAGUACUACCUUCAAUAUCAUAUGAAAAAGCAGAACAAUUUCAGAAACAACUGACAAAUGUCACUCUAGACAUGGUGCUGGAAAAAGUUGAAAUCACAGAGAAAAUCAGCAUGCAAGACCGUCUUGUGCCGUCUUUUGUCUUGCUCUGUCUCUUGUCUUGUCUCGGUCCGUCCGUCCGUCUCUUGUCUUGUCUCGGUCCGUCCGUCCGUCCGUCUCUUGUCUUGUCUCCGUCCGUCCGUCCGUCCGUCUCUUGUCUUGUCUCCUCUUGUGCCGUCUUUUGUCUUGCUCUGUCUCUUGUCUUGUCUCCGUCCGUCCGUCUCUUGUCUUGUCUCCGUUCGUCCGUCCGUCCGUCCGUCUCUUGUCUUGUCUCGGUCCGUCCGUCCGUCCGUCUCUUGUCUUGUCUCCGUCCGUCCGUCCGUCUCUUGUCUUGUCUCGGUCCGUCCGUCCGUCUCUUGUCUUGUCUCGGUCCGUCCGUCCGUCUCUUGUCUUGUCUCGGUCCGUCCGUCCGUCUCUUGUCUUGUCUCGGUCCGUCUCUUGUCUUGUCUCGGUCCAUCCGUCCGUCCGUCUCUUGUCUUGUCUCGGUCGGUCCAUCCGUCUCUUGUCUUGUCUCGGUCCGUCCGUCCGUCUCUUUUGUCUUGUCUCGGUCGGUCCGUCCGUCUCUUGUCUUGUCUCGGUCCGUCCGUCCGUCCGUCUCUUGUCUUGUCUCGGUCCGUCCGUCUGUCUGUCCGUCCGUCUCUUGUCUUGUCUCGGUCCGUCCGUCUCUUGUCUUGUUUCGGUCCGUCCGUCUCUUGUCUUGUCUUGUCUCGGUCCGUCCGUCCUUUGUCUUGUCUUGUCUCGGUCCGCCCGUCCUUUGUCUUGUCUUGUCUCGGUCCGCCCGUCCUUUCAUGCACCAUCGUCUGUAUAUUGUGAAGUUCCAGUUUUUACCACCUUCUGUCUAUGAAAACAAACUCCCAACAGAUCCUGCUAACAUUCUCAGACACAUGGAAAAAGAAUAUUUACCAUCUCUGGUAACCCAACUGAAGUCUGAUGUAAAUCAAACACAGGACACAGUUCUGAAACUGCCUGGAAAACUGCUACGAACAUCUAGUGCACAUAUGGUAAACGGCGCUGGAAGCAAAGAUGAUGACACAGAGGAAGGUGAAAGAGAAGAGACUGGAGCAGAUAACGCUAACAUGGAUGACAGUAACACCUCCAAGGACAAGGUUACUGCUUCUAAUGAUGAUGAUGAUGAUGAUGAUGACUAUGAUGAAUUAUCUGAUGAAGAAAGUGGGGUGAAAUCAAGAAAGCAUCAAGAUGAACAGGAUUAUGAUGAUGAUGAGGAUGAUAACAACAACAACGAUGAUGAUGAUGAUGAUGGAAUAACUUCACAAGAAUCAAACAGUGAGAAUGAAGAUGAUGACAAAGAUGAGGAGGAGGAGGAGGAGGAUAUUUCUGAAGCAAGGACACCUGCUGUCAAAUCUUCGCUUUCACUCUCAUUUUCUUUCAUCAUUGUUUUUAAAAUUAGUUUUCCUCUUUUAUCUUUGGGAAAGGAUUAUAUUUUUUUCAUCUCUUUCUUUUUUUUUUUUUUCAUCUCUUUCUUUUUUUUUUUUUUUCAUCUCUUUCUUUUUUUUUUUUUUCAUCUCUUUCUUUUUUUUUCCAUCUCUUUUUUUUUUUUUCAUCUUUCUUUUUUUUUUCAUCUUUCUUUUUUUUCAUCUUUUUUUUCAUCUCUUUCUUUUUUUCAUCUCUUUUUUUUCAUCUCUUUUUUUUUCAUCUCUUUUUUUUUUCAUCUUUCUUUUUUUCAACUUUCUUUUUUUCAUCUUUCUUUUUUCAUCUUUUUUCAUCUUUCUUUUUUUCAUCUCUUUUUUCAUCUCUUUCUUUUUUUCAUCUUUCUUUUUUCAUCUCUUUCUUUUUUUCAUCUCUUUUUUUCAUCUUUCUUUUUUCAUCUCUUUUUUUCAUCUCUUUUUUUCAUCUUUCUUUUUUCAUCUCUUUUUUUCAUCUUUCUUUUUUUUCAUCUUUCUUUUUUUCAUCUCUUUUUUUUAUCUUUCUUUUUUUUCAUCUCUUUCUUUUUUUUCAUCUUUCUUUUUUCAACUUUCUUUUUUUCAUCUUUUUUUCAUCUCUUUCUUUUUUUUCAUCUCUUUUUUUCAUCUUUCUUUUUUUUCAUCUUUCUUUUUUUUUCAUCUUUCUUUUUUUUUCAUCUUUCUUUUUUUCAUCUCUUUCUUUUUUUUCAUCUCUUUCUUUUUCAUCUUUUUUUCAUCUUUCUUUUUUUUCAUCUCUUUUUUUCAUCUUUCUUUUUUCAUCUCUUUUCAUCUUUCUUUUUUCAUCUUUUUUUUUCAUCUUUUUUUUUUCAUCUUUCUUUUUUUCAUCUUUCUUUUUUUCAUCUUUUUUUUCAUCUUUUUUUCAUCUCUUUCUUUUUCAUCUUUUUUUCAUCUUUUUUUUCAUCUCUUUCUUUUUUCAUCUCUUUCUUUUUUUCAUCUUUCUUUUUUUCAUCUCUUUUUUUCAUCUUUCUUUUUUUUCAUCUUUCUUUUUUCAUCUUUCUUUUUUUCAUAUCUUUUUUUUUCAUAUCUUUUUUUUUCAUCUUUCUUUUUUUUCAUCUUUUUUUUCAUCUCUUUUUUUUCAUCUUUUUUUUAAAUUUCUUUUUUCAUCUUUCUUUCUUUUUUCAUCUUUUUUCAUCUUUCUUUUUUUCAUCUUUUUUUUCAUCUCUUUCUUUUUUUCAUCUUUCUUUUUUUUCAUCUCUUUCUUUUUUUCAUCUCUUUUUUUCAUCUUUCUUUUUUUUCAUCUUUUUUUCAUCUCUAUCUCUCUUUUUUUUUCAUCUCUUUCUUUUUUAUCUUUCUUUUUCAUCUUUUUUCAUAUCUUUUUUUCUUUUUCAUCUCUUUUUCAUCUUUCUUUUUCAUCU